GCCGCGGCUCGUUCCGCCAUGUUGGUAUUCUCCGGUGUUAGUGAACGAUGAGAGAGAGAGAGCGGCCAUGGCCUUGUCACUGAGCGGAGACGAAGAGGAAUAUGAUUCCGAGGGCGAGCAGCAGCGUGCGGCCCAGCGGCCGAAGCCGAAGGCGGGGCCGUCGGCGGCGGUGAAGCUGCCGUCCAACCGCAGCGCGUCGGGAGCUCGACGGCGGCGGACGCGCUGCAGGAAGUGCGAGGCGUGCCUCCGCACCGAGUGCGGCGAGUGUCACUUCUGCAAAGACAUGAAGAAGUUCGGAGGACCGGGACGCAUGAAGCAGUCCUGCAUCAUGAGGCAGUGCAUCGCUCCGGUGCUGCCUCACACGGCGGUGUGUGUGGUGUGCAAAGAGGCGGGAAAAGAGGACACGCUGGAGGACGAGGACGACAAGUUCAACUUCAUGUUGAUGGAGUGCUCCAUCUGCAACGAGAUCGUCCAUCCCCACUGUCUCAAGGUGAGCGAUGCGUCUGGAGUCGUGAACGAUGAGCUCCCUAACUGCUGGGAAUGUCCCAAAUGUAACCACGCCGGGAAGAGUGGGAAACAAAAACGGGGUCCAGGCUUCAAGUACGCGUCCAACCUCCCGGGCUCUCUGCUGCGGGAGCAGAAGCCCGCCAAGGAGGACGCCGCCGCGGACGCCGCCGCCGCCAUGUCUGCAGCCGCGCGGCGCCGCCCGGAGAGAGACGAGACGCCGCGGUCCAGAGGAGAGGACCCUCAGCCGCGGCCCCAGCCGCUAACGCUACCGCUACCGCUGCUGUCCCCGCGGCCACGGCCAGAAGACAAGCUGAGGAAGAAGAGGAAGCUGUUCGACGAUGACGAGGAAGAGGAGCUCAGCGGGAGGAAGAAGGAGACGCCUGACGAGCCGUAUUUCUCCAAACUGCUGCACCAGAUCAAGACCGAGGAGGAGGACCAGGACGCCGACGAGGAAGAGGACGGAGACGAAGGGCGGGAGCGCCGCCACCGUGGCGGCGUCUCCGCGGAGAGGAACGGGAGCCUCGGAGACGAAGCCGAACCGGACGACAAGGACUCGAGGAGCGCCCUGCUGCACGCGUGCGUGCGAGCGGCGGCGGCGGCGACGGUGGGCGACAGCGACCAAUCGCUGUGCAGCUCGCCGCGGGCCGGCCCCAGCAGCGAGGCGGGCAGCGAGACGCAGGAGAGAGGCCCGGCGCGCCCAAAGGCUCGCCGGAAACGGAGGUUGCCCCACCGCGAGCUGAGCCGCGAGCUGAGCCGAGCGCUGAGCUCGGAGAUCCAGGAGACGGAGAACUGCCUCGCCAACGAGAACCAGCAGCCGCUCAGAGAGGAGCCGCAGACGGAGAACGGAGAGACACACAGGCUGUUCCGUGGCGGCGGCGAGCUGGACCAGCGCCACCUGAAGCCCCGAGAGAUGAACGGGACUCCGUGGGAGCUGCGCCACUUCUACCCGGGUCCCAUCACGCCGCUGGGCUUCAACCGCAGCACGCCCGCCAGCCGCCCGCCCCCCCCGCCCAAGUGCGUGCAGGUGGAGCGCCACGUGAUCCGGCCGCCGCCGAUCAGCCCGCCGCCUGAUAGGCUGCCGCUGAGAGACGGGAGGACGCACGCCGCGCAGCGAGAGGUCUGGAUGAGGACCUUCAGCUUCCUCACACACCGAGAGCUGUGUGUCUGCAUGAGGGUCUGCAAGACCUGGAACAGAUGGUGCUGUGAUAAGAGACUAUGGACUAAGAUCGAUCUGAACCGGUGCACGUCCAUCACGCCUCUCAUGCUCAGCGGGAUCAUCCGGCGCCAGCCGCUCGCUCUGGACCUCAGCUGGACCAACAUCUCCAAAAAACAGCUGAGCUGGCUCAUCAACAGACUGCCAGGUCUGCGGGUGUUGAGGUUGUCGGGCUGCUCCUGGGCUGCAGUGUCGGCACUCUGCACCUCCAGCUGUCCUCUGCUGCGCUCGCUGGACGUCCAGUGGGUGGAGGGGCUCAAAGACGCUCAGAUGAGAGACCUGCUGUCCCCGCCCACAGACAACAGACCAGGCCAGCUGGAUAACCGCUGUAAGCUGCGUAACGUGCGGGACCUUCGUCUGGCCGGGCUGGACAUCACGGACACGUCCCUGCGUCUCAUCUGCCGCCAGAUGGCGUCUCUGUCCACGCUGGACCUGAGCUACUGCAACCACAUCAACGACCAGUCUGUCAACCUGCUCACCGCCGCCGGGACCACCACCAGAGACUCGCUGAUGGACAUCAACCUGUCGGUGUGUAACCGCGUCACGGACCACUCGCUGACCUUCUUCAAGCGCUGCGGCAGCAUCUGUCAGAUCGACCUCCGCUUCUGUAAGCAGGUGACGCGCACGGCGUGCGAGCGCUUCAUCGCCGAGAUGUCCGUGAGUGUCCCGUUCAGACUCACGGAGGACAAACUGCUGCAGAAGACCUGCUAGUCCCCACACACACACACACACACACACACACACACACACACACACACACACACACACACACACACACACACCUGUCUCCGCCGCACUCACGGUAUUAUGGGAUGGGAUGUGUCUCAUUACACCAGGGCUGUGCUGGAUUUAAAAGAACUUCUUAGUGGACUAACACUCAUUCUAUCGUAUCGACUGAUCGAUUAGUCGAUUUAAUCGACAGAUCCUUUAAAAUCUGAGUUUCUCCUCAAUGAGUCGUGCUAAAGGGUUCAUAUAUUGAGUAACAUAAUGCCUCCUUUAACUGCCUUAAUGAAAGUAAUGAAAGUAGGUUUCACGGUGAUAUCUAUUAGGUCAAAGGUCAACCCUUAAUUCUGGUG